UCUUGACAUAAACCAAGGGCAACAGACAGGACAGGGCUGGGGAAGAUAAGUCAGCCACUGGGAAGCUUUCAGAGCAUUACUUGGAUCAACUCACAUUCAAAUACUCACAGAGGACUGAACAAGGAACUCUCAGGGGCCUCAAAACCAGUUUGAUAUUGAAAGGAAGAACAACUGCAGCAGAAGGGUGAGAAAGAACUUGACAAUGUCUUCAUUUGAAGCCCAGGGCCAGUCUCCUCCUCGAUGUGGCCCUCAGUUCCCCAGCCUGGGACAGGAGCCCCCGGAGCUCAGCAUGUACAGCGACUGUUACUACCCUCCUCCUUCACUGCCGAGCCCUCAGCGCACCACUCCGACCUCCUACGACCUGAGCGACUACGCCACCUCCACCCCGAACCCUUACCUCUGGUUCAACGGCUCCGGGAUCAACACGCCGCCGUACCUGGCCACCGCCGGCCCGUCCGGUAACCCCGGCCCCCCCUUUGUGCCUCAGCACUACGGCAUGCAGAGGCCUUACCUGGGUCCGGUCGGAGCUGGGGGCCCAGGAGGGGAGCUGAGCUGGUUCUCUCUGCCCUCACAAGAAGACCUGAUGAAGCUGGUCAGGCCCCCGUACUCCUACUCCGCUCUCAUUGCCAUGGCCAUCCACGGAGCGCCCGACAGGAGACUGACACUGAGUCAGAUUUACCAGUAUGUCGCCGACAAUUUCCCUUUCUACAACAAGAGUAAAGCGGGCUGGCAGAACUCCAUCAGACACAACCUGUCACUCAAUGACUGCUUCAAGAAAGUACCCCGGGACGAGGAUGAUCCAGGAAAGGGCAACUACUGGACGCUUGACCCAAACUGUGAAAAGAUGUUUGACAACGGAAACUUCCGCCGCAAGAGGAAGAGAAAGUCUGACAUCCUCCCGGGAGGUGAAGGCAGCUCGGGGGCUCCAGAGUCAGGCGACAGUGAGAGGGGCAGCCCCAAACUUUCUGGAAACCCUGCCCUUAACAUCUCCCCCUCCCCGGACAGGAUCCCGUCCCCCUCGUCAUCGGGUCCCGCACCGUGUCUGAGCAGCUUCUUGUCUGAGAUGUCUGGAGUGACCUCCAGUGCAGCCAAUGAGGUCGGAGGUGACGGGUUGAGCAGGCCGCUGCAGAUUAACCUGCCUUUAGAUGGGCCUCUAAGGCCGACACAAGCAGGAAGCUUCAGCACUUACUCCCCCAACUCGGUCGGAUCAGAGUGGGUACCGCAAGUGUCUGCUCCCCCUGUGCUCUCCUCCUCACCCACCCAUUCCUCCUUAGGGUACACAAGCCCCAUCCUCAGCCAGUACAACGGCUCCAAUGGGCAUUUCUACCCUAUGCUGGGCUCGUCAGGGAUCAUCUACCAUCGCGAGGGCACAGAAGUUUGAUAAGACAAUUAAGAGGGGAAAAAGUUUGUUUUUAAAAGACAGUGUACCGGUCUGGUUACUUACACACACACACACACACACACACACACACACACACACACACACACACACACACACACACACACACACACACACACACACACACACACACACACAAACACACACACAAACACAGAGUAUGUUUGCGCUGACUGCGACAGUUGAGAACACGACAGCGUGUGACACCGGAGUAAAAAGACUUUGAUUCUCACAGGAACAGCUGAGUCAGCCGCGGCGGAGCAACGAGUGUAACUCCCUGAAACCGCACUCAGCCUCUCUAUCAGAUCCUCAGUCAGCUUUUAUUCAAUCCAGAGGCGCUCUCUAUCAGAUCUGACUCAUUAUUAACAGAUUCCAGAUCUGAUCUGCUGACACCAGGCCAUUCCACACUGUUAUCUGGGAUUAUCUCAUGCUAUCUCACACACAAUGCUCAGGCAGCACAUUUAGAGGAGUAGUUUAAUUACACCAUUGUCUACGAUGUGUUGUGUAGUGGGAAAUAUAAGAAGGUGAAUUAAAAAUUAGUUUAACUGCUUAGUUCAACUAUCCCAUGAACUUACAGUCUUGUUUGAUAUACGAAUACGUGUAAAUAUGUUUAUGUGUCGUGUAACGUUAUACAUUUGUAUUGUUGCUUUCUUGGUGUACAAAAUGUAUUGUUGAUGUAUACUGUUCAUUUUGUGUUUUUAUUAUGAAUAAAAUCUUUUAGAGGUCAA